GAGCUUUCACAACUAUAUAGCGCUAUUUUUGGGGGAACAAUCAAGAAAAGAGAAAUUUUUAGUCGAUUGGGAGCAAUUGGUGACAGGAGGCAAAGGAUCUGAGAUGAAUUCAUUUGAAGAUUUUGCAAGCAAUCUUAGUGUUGAUGAUAUUGAAGCAUUUGAUGAUGAAGAUGAUCUUAUAGAGGCGUUGCUUUUGAAUGAUGACGAUGAGGAUGAAUACAUGUGGAACGAGAUGCUUAAUAGCGUCAUUCAUCAAUCAAUUGUGAUAAAGCAGGUUCCUCGACCAUAUCGAACUAGACCAUUCUCUGGUCAUAUGCUUGUGGAAGAUAUGUUAGCUGGACAUCCUGAGUAUUCAUAUUCUUGCUUUCGAAUGAGUUCUGAGACAAUUCUUUUGCUUAAAAAUGUUCUAAUUGAGAAGAAUGCUUUAAGGCUAACUAGAUAUUUAAGUUGCAAUGAACAACUUUGUAUAUUUCUAUACAGAAUUUCGCAUGCUCUUUCAAAUCGAAAAGCAUUGGGAGCAAUUGAUGGAUCUCAUAUUCCUAUAAUUGUGAAGAAAAAGAAACACAACAGAUAUCAUAAUCGAAAGAAUUUUAUAUCUUAA